AUAGCUUGCUAUCUGGGCUUCUACGAGUCGCCCAUGCGUUGCACCAUUGCACGGGCUGGCUCAACCCGCCAAUAAUCCAGUUAAAUUUUUGUAAAGUGGCUUCUAUGCCUCUCUUUGAAUAACUUUGUCUUCUGUUUGAGCCCUAUCAAUCAGUUAAUUAAUCCAAUAUCAAUCAAGUCAAUUCACAAACUAUUGGCCAAUUGUUUAAAAAAAAUACAAAGAGCAUGUCUGCACGUUAGCAUGUCCCACUCCUGGGUGGACUUUGGACAAUACUUGGUCGGCUUUAGAUCUCAUCUCUUCUUUCCCGCUUUCUUAUCUCAUAGGUUGACACUCUCACGUUGACCAUAAAUCAAAAACACCGCAAGUUUUGAAUCGAAGAUUUGGGAUAAGAGAGAGGAUGGUGGAGAGAACGAUGAGUCUAGGUGUGGGAGUCAACAAAGAAACCAUGCGAGCGCAGCAGGAGCUUCUUCAGAAGAUCACUCAUGAGCUCGACGCUGAACGGGAAGCCUCUUCAACAGCAGCUUCAGAGGCCUUGUCAAUGAUUCUACGCCUCCAGGGAGAGAAAGCAGCGUUGGAGAUGGAGACUAGUCAGUACAAGAGAAUGUCCGAGGAGAAGAUGUGCCACGCUGAGACUUCUCUGACGCUCUUCGAAGAUCUGAUUUACCGCAAGGAAAUGGAGAUGGCGUCUCUUGAGUUUCAGGUUCAGGCUUACAGAUGCAAACUACUCAGCCUCGGCUGCGCUGAUGUACAGGCCGAGGAGAAGAAAGGUGUUGAGAGUAGUUCUUUAUCUCCUCGUCAAGACUUGAACGCGUGUUGGGAAGAGAUCAGAAGAAUAGACGAUCAUGUGAGAGAGGUUUCGGAGUCGAGAGAUGUUGCCAAGGGAUCUAAAUGGCAUUUGCUUAGGCGUGAGUCUAUUUCACAUGCAUUGGUUUCGCAGGUGAGUAAUACUAUCCUAGAGUCAGCCAAGAGUGAUGUCAGUUCGAUUAUGGAGAUGAUCAAAAACCCUGAAAGGUUCACUGCUUCAGACGAGGUUCCAAGGACCAAGGAGAGCCUUACAAUCAUCUCGGAAGAAAGAAAUGUUGGAGGCAAGAUGGUGAGUAGUGAUUACAAAAGAAAUGUGAGUAAGCCGCCAAAAGAUACGAGCAUUGAGGCAGAGCAUAUGAGUUUGCUAAAGGAGAUUAGAGAGCAGAUUAAUGAAAUGCAGUCAGAGAUGAGAAGUUUAAGAUCAGAACUGCAUCAAACUCGACUUGUUUCUCAUUGUGAGGAGGAUCGAGCCAUUAACUCAAUUCAAGAGGCCAUGAUUCACUUCUGGCUUUAGAAGCUACAUUGCAGCCAGGGGUGAAGCUAGACAAUUUAUCUAGUGGGUGCACUAUCAUUAAUAAAACAUAAAAUGAAAAGAAGAAGGAAUCGAACCCAGAUUAAUGUGGGUGCACAACCUCACUUUUCCAUUUGAUCCAACAGAUUCUAUUUGUUUUCUUUAGCUAAAUUAAAACUAUAUAUAAUAAUUACGGGUGCACAUGCCUCCAUAAUGUAUAGCCUGGUUUCGCCCCUGAUUGCAGCGUGGUUCUAGUUUCAUAUUCUAAGAUAUUUAACCUUCCAAGAGUAAA